UUUUCGAAAAGCUCCGUUUCCGUGACGGAUUAGUGUGGACGAUAGGCCACAAAUUCAAAUUCCUCCGGCGUUAUCAUCUCUAAAUUGUUGUGAGUGUGACAGAGUAUAGUUGACUAAUCGGAACUAAAAACGAGAACACGUGACUGUUUCUUGUAGUGGAAGAAGUGGCUUUUGCUCUGGCAAGACAAGACUUUAUUUCGACAGAUAGCAAGGAUCAUUCAGUGCAAGUGAAGGCUACUUUUCUUCAGGUGAAUAACUCAAACGUCCAAUUCAACGCCAUUUUUAGGUUAGUCACGCAACGCAACUAGAGCAUUGCGUGACAUACGUCCGCGUGAACACGGAGACCUGGGCAGACCAUUUGGUUUGACCGCCAUUUUCGGACGCCGUUGAUCAACUUUGGUUCAUUGCUGCUGGUGGUUUUAAAAUGGUCUGACCAUGUUCUGAGCAACCUUGAGGUAAAUAUGUCUCUCCAGUCAGUAGCUUUCUUUUGAAAAGGGUGCAACUUCAAUCGUUCGAACAGCUGAAAUCUUGAUUAACUCGACAAUGCAAAGUGACAUCCACUUGUUGAAGUGUACUUGAGAAGUCCAUCAGUAUGAGCUGUGAAACUAUAGUGACCACAAGCAAUGAUGACCAAAGCCUUUCUGAUAAUGUCUCAUCAAAACAAAAUAAGUUGGGCUGGUCCACAACCAAUAAUUCUCAAAAGCUACAUGAUUUGAAGGUUGUUUUAUUUAAACUAAAUGUUGGAGAAUGUUUCCCACUGCCUGGAAAAAGUGGGUUUUCUGUAGAGUAUCCCAUAACUGCAAUAAACUUUGGCAAGAAUCGUGUUCCUGGAGUGCAAAAAUCUACAGAGAGGAGGUCAAAGAGAAUUUCAGAAGCUGUUGCCACAUGCUGCCUUGGUUGUAAAAAUGGAGACUCGUGUACUAAAAAGGGGCCUAAAAAGGCCAAGUCAUCAAGCCCACAAGUUAAGGAUGCUACUAAAAAGAGGAAAUAUGUUUAUAGAAAAAAGCCGGGAAGAAGAAAAAAGCAGUCAAUACAGACUACCAAACCAAAUCGUCAGUCAGAUUCCCUGCGCAAUGCAGGUGAGACAUCAUUUUCCGGAGUGCAUCCUAACCAGAGGUUGGAUCAAGACAGAAUUCCUAUCCAGAGGCCUUUGUAUAUCACACUAUUAGAUGGAAGAAUAUUGAAACAGACACCUUACACUGUGUGUUUCCCUAACGCAGUAGCCAUGAACCAGUCUGCUGUCCCGGUGGGGAUGGUGAAUCAUGUUGCUCAGGUACCAAGCAGUCCCCAGGGGCUCCUCCAACCUACAUUUGCACCAGGAGUGCCCAGUCCACUCUAUCAACGAAAUGUUCCUGGUUCACUUGUAUCCAUGCCAGCAGUAUCUCCUGCUCAGGCGAUAAAUCGCGCUAUCAUCUCACAUUCAGAUGUUCUCCGGACUGUGUCAUCUGGUCCUUGCGUUUCAUCGGAUGCCUCUGGGGAGAGCGAGGUACCAGCUCCUGUUUGUGUACCUGGAGUUUCUGAAAACAGAAGUCAAACUGCUGCAGUUGGUAAUACAAAUACAGUUCACGUUAUAUUUUCUAGAGAGAAGGGCUUAGGUCACAAUCUGUUGCCUGUAACCAACAGUAGCACAUGUCCUUUGGGUAGCAUGCAAGCAUACCCUGGCAAAGCUUCCUCUGUCACGCACUCCAUUCCAAACACUCCUGUCACGCUCACGAAUGCUGGAGUGGCAAAUCCUCGACAAUUCCAUUUUGCUGCCUCAGGACCACACACUGCAGCCCUUCCUAUUUAUGCUCCAGCUCGUUCCCCUCUGCAUUUGCCUCCGUUUAUUCCUGUGGCAUUUGGUGGUGUCAGUGGGCUUCCUUUUCAUCGCUUGGCACCAUCCUUGUCAUUGCCUGUCCAGACCAUGUCUCCUGUAGCUGGUGCUGGUAUCCCUUUCAUCGCAAACUCGCCGGUGAACAACGUCCCUUAUUCAAGUACUGCUCCAUUUGUGUAUCAACAACCUCAACAACAUCGACAACAGCAACAACAACAACAACAACAACAGCAGCAGCAACAACAGCAGCAAACAGACCCUGUUGGUUCUAGUAAUUCAACUCACGAUCAAGCCGCAAGUUCAUCAAACACGAACAUAUCACCUAUUCAAAAUUUAGCCUUGCAAUCAGUAAGCGCCAGUGAAGGCAGUUUUCACCUUCAGCAAGAAUCAACAGAAGGUACUGUUCAACGAGCUCCUGAAAUCUCUGCCUUUGAAAGAGUAACGAGAACAGUCGAAUCUCAAAGUAGUGUUGAUGAAUCAUGUCGCGAACUGCGUUCACUCUUAGAGCGAUUAACACAAAAGAAAAAACUACCAGGCGAUUAUAGAUUUAUCAUAGAUCACUACAAGUCCACCUUCGAACAAGAACCGAACAACGCGAUCACUGUCACUGGCUUGGAAUCACUGAAACAUUUCCUUGACAGGACUGAGAGCAAAUUCAGAGCAGAUGCUAUGGCGCUGGACAAGUCUUGUCUGGCUUUGCAGUCUUUGACUGAGAAAUACCAACAGGACAUUCGUAGAGAUUUAGACAGGUUCCGGUAUAGACAGGUUUUGCACAAGAGAACGAACACGGGGGAAAAUAGCGGAGUGUUAGAGGAAGGAUCAGUGGGAAGUCAUAGAAAGCGGAGUUUUCAGGAGAUGAAAAGCAAAAUCAAGGAGCUGGACGACAAGUUGAAGGGGUUUGCGAACGAGCAAUACGAAAUACGUACGAAGUGGCAGGACUAUGAAGCAAAGGAACUCCACAAACGCCAUUAA